UUUAUAUUAUAGUAACUUAUUUCUACACUACAUUAUUUACUUAUUUUAAAGUCGCGUCAUUUUCCACUUGAUUUUUGCCAUUUGCGUACAAAACUCCAGACAAGCAAAAGAGCUCGGCACGCAGCCAGCAAUGGGUUAGGGUUUACUGAACGGAGGUGCUCUGGUGAACUGGCAAUCUCAAACCGUACUCAUUGUCUGUACAAAACCUAGGUGUUUAGUGGGUGUAAGGUGUGGAGGCGUUUUAGGCGGAGGAGGCUAUGAAGCGAGGGAAGUUGGACUCGCUGAUGUCUCCCAGUCGACUCAGACUGCUGCAAAUGCUGAUGGCUUUAUUGUCUUUUUACAUGCUCUUCAUGAGUUUCGAAAUCCCUCUGGUGCUCAGAACCAGGUUUGGGUCGGGCUCAACCGAUGGGCUCUAUGGGUUUAUCGGCGACAGCUUGCCCAAACCGCUUGAGAGCGAGGAGGAUUUGGUUGAUAAAGACUCCCCAACUCGUCCCACGGAGGACCCUUUUAGCCAGCCGUAUCGAACCUCAGAGAGACGCGUUCGUGAGUUCAAGAAAGUUUCCGGUUUGGUGUUCAAUGAGACCGUCUUUGAUGGGAACGUUGGUAAAGAUGGAUUCUCCGAACUUCAAAAGGCAGUGAAGCAUGCUUGGGUGGUAGGUAGGAAGCUCUGGGACGAGCUUAAGUCUGGGAAAAUUGAGCAACAAACAGCCGGCAAGCCAGCUAACCGGUCCGAGCAGUGUCCUCAUUCGAUUACGCUUUCUGGUUCCGAUUUUCAGGCUCGAAAUCGAGUUUUGGUGCUUCCUUGUGGGUUGACACUAUGGUCUCAUAUCACAGUUGUUGGUACACCGCGUUGGGCUCACGCUGAAUAUGAUCCUAAGAUAGCAGUGUUGAAGGAAGGAGAUGAAUCGGUUAUGGUUUCACAGUUUAUGAUGGAGUUGCAGGGCUUGAAGACCGUGGAUGGAGAAGACCCGCCGAGGAUAUUGCAUUUCAAUCCGAGGCUGAAGGGGGAUUGGAGUGGAAAGCCUGUGAUUGAGCAGAAUACGUGUUAUCGGAUGCAAUGGGGUCCGGCGCUUAGGUGUGAAGGAUGGAAAUCAAGGGCCGAUGAAGAAAGCGUUGAUGGACAGGUGAAAUGCGAGAAGUGGAUUCGCGACGAUGAUAGUCACUCAGAAGAAUCAAAGGCCUUGUGGUGGUUGAACAGGCUGAUUGGUCGUACCAAGAAGGUGACCAUAGAUUGGCCGUAUCCUUUCGCAGAGGGCAGGCUAUUUGUGCUUACCGUGAGUGCUGGCUUGGAAGGUUACCAUAUCAAUGUUGAUGGUCGGCAUGUAACUUCUUUCCCAUAUCGCACGGGAUUUGUUCUUGAAGAUGCCACAGGACUUUUUGUGAAUGGGGAUGUGGAUGUGCAUUCUGUAUUCGCGGCCUCAUUACCCACAUCACAUCCUAGUUUUUCGCCACAAAUGCAUCUUGAGAUGGCUGCUAGAUGGAAAGCUCCAAAUCUUCCUAAUGGUCGAGUGGAACUUUUUAUUGGCAUCCUUUCUGCCGGUAAUCAUUUUGCUGAACGGAUGGCUGUAAGGAAGUCAUGGAUGCAGCACAAGUUAAUUAGAUCUUCAGAUGUCGUAGCUCGUUUUUUCGUGGCACUUAAUGGAAGAAAGGAGGUAAACAUUGAGUUAAAAAAGGAAGCAGAUUAUUUUGGUGAUAUUGUUAUAGUCCCUUAUAUGGAUAACUAUGACCUUGUUGUGUUGAAGACGAUAGCAAUCUGUGAAUAUGGGGUUCGCACGGUUACUGCAAAGUAUGUGAUGAAGUGUGAUGACGACACGUUUGUUAGGGUAGAUGCUGUGCUUAAGGAGGCACACAAAGUUCGUGGAGAUAAAAGUCUCUAUAUUGGAAACGUCAACUACCACCACAAACCCUUCCGUCAUGGCAAAUGGGCAGUGACAUACGAGGAAUGGCCAGAAGAAGAUUAUCCACCUUAUGCAAAUGGUCCAGGCUACAUCAUAUCCAGUGACAUUGCAGAGUUCAUCAUAUCUGAGUUCGAAAAGCACAAGCUGAGAUUAUUCAAGAUGGAAGACGUGAGCAUGGGCAUGUGGGUUGAACAGUUCAACAGUUCAAAACCCGUAUAUUAUCUGCAUAGCUUGAAAUUCUGCCAGUUUGGUUGCAUUGAUGAUUAUUACACUGCACACUACCAAUCACCUCGACAGAUGAUUUGCAUGUGGAGCAAAUUGCAGCAAAGUGGAAGACCCCAAUGCUGUAACAUGAGAUGACAAAAGAUAACACAUAAUUUAAGAUAGUAUUUCUUCUCAAACUUAAGAAGAAACAACACAGGGUAACUGGUUUUUGCAGUCAUAGUAAGAUUAUUACAUCUCUGUAGAUAUUCGGAAGGAUUAGAUUCUAAGUCACAGUGGGGGCAGCCUCUGCCCCAUUCCAAAUUUAUUUAAUUAUACACCUAGUAUAGCUUCCUGAUCCCGGCAAUGCAAUUCAUCUUUUGUAUUCUUUCCUAUUGCAUAUACACAUACAGACAUUAAACUUGUACUUCGAAUAGUGGACAGUUCACUUAUGGUCAAUGAUAUUAAAUGCAUCUCAAAUUUGCCACA